CGUCAAAAAUCCUAACUGGCCCAAUCGUUUCCUAUCUGCGAGCGGUUUGGAACAUGGAAGAGGCCGUAGGGUUUAUCCCUGGGGGAGUUCAAUGGCUGUAGCGUUGUAGAUCGCUGGGGAGAGCCAUGGCUGUAGGAUUGCUGAUCGCCAAAGUUGUCAAGAGCAUGGCUAAUCGCCUCCAGCGUUCCCCUCACUCUCACAUCGGUCAAACUCCGUCCGCCGCCGGUGUCUUCCGCUGCGUCGGAUCCCUUCACACAACCACGUCCCAUCUUUCUCACUCGCUCGAUCAUCGUGGCAUUCCGAGUUCUGCUAUCUAUGUCUCCUCGCCGCGCCUUGGCCUCACUGAGCGCGUCUCCUCUGGCCUCCGUUCCGGCAAGGAUUUGCAAAAUUCAAAUUUCAAGAAUGCAACGGAGUCAAAUAUAGGGAAGAACAUCUCUAUUGCAGAGAAACGAAUAUUCCUUGUUAAUACACUUCUGACCCUUGAAGAAUCCAAAGAAGCUGUAUAUGGUACCCUUGAUGCCUGGGUGGCAUGGGAGACUGACUUUCCAUUGGUUUCACUCAAAAAAGCUAUUCUUGUUCUUGAAAAGGAGGAACAGUGGCAUAGAGUUGUGCAGGUGAUAAAGUGGAUUUUGAGCAAAGGUCAAGGAACAACAAUGGGUACAUAUGAGCAACUAAUUCGUGCAUUAGAAAAAGACAACAGGGCUGAGGAAGCUCACAGAAUUUGGAUGAAGAAAAUCAGCCAUGAUUUGCAUUCAGUUCCUUGGCGGUUUUGUGAUCUUAUGAUUUCAAUUUAUUAUCGUAAUAACAUGCUAGAAAGGCUUGUAAAGCUCUUCCAGUCACUUGAGUCAUUUGGCAGGAAAUAUCCAACUAAGUCAAUUGUCAGGAAGGUAGCAGAUGCAUAUAUAGUCCUUGAUUUAUUGGAGGAGAAGAAUAAGCUACUGGAGAAGUAUAAUAAAUUAUUCAGUGAGGAGUCUGAUCAAACUUCCCGAAGCUUUCGAAAAUCCAAAAGAACCAAGGGAAAGGAUGAUAAGAGAACAGGAGUGGUAACUUGCGUUGCUGCAGAAGCUUCAACACAAAUUGAUAGCGGGCCGUCAGAUGCAGAAAUUGAUUCGAUGCUUUAAAAUAGGGAUGCAGCUGCAGAGAUAGCAAGAAUUCAAGAAUAUAGAGCUGUGCAUCUCUUAUGUGCAUUCCUAAAUCAAAUUCAAUGAUCAAGUUUUGCGCUGCCCCUACACCAACCAAUUAUGCUCUAAAUCUGGAGGCACGUUGUACUAUUACCUCCAAAUUUUUAGUAAUGGGAGAAAGCUGAGCCUUCACCUUGAUGGUAAAUAUUAGCUCCUGCAAUGUAACAUUUCUUCAAAACCAUGAGGCAACUACAUACUUGCAACCAACGCAGUAAGUGUGCAAGAUGCCAAAUGAUUAUUUGGACUCGUUAUAUUUUUUUAUUUUGCAUAUCGUCUGCUUUUAGUAGAAUGACUGGCAAAAAGCCAUCUGUCUGAAGAAAUGUGAAAUAAGAGACCAUCAAUUCUGAAGAGAGUAUUUUUCAAACAGCUUGAACAUUGAUGGCAAGCAUCUGUGGGAACUUUUUAUAACGUUAUAUUGCUACUUUGGUUGAUGGAAUCGUCCUAUAAUAUUACAUUCUAUAAAGAAUUUGAUUGACAGUUAAA